CCCCAGCGGGCCAGGCCCUGCCGGCAGUUGGGCGGUGCGGAGUCCCGCCGCUCCCUCCCACGCAGUGUACUCAGGUGGGACCAGGAACACGCUCGCCAUGUCCGCAGCGGAGGCGGGGGGUGUUUUCCACAGAGCCCGGGGCAGGACCCUGGACGCGUUUCCCGCAGAACAGGAAAGGGAAUGGAAAGGCCCAUUCUACUUCAUCCAGGGUGCAGAUCCACAAUUUGGACUGAUGAAGGCCUGGUCCACUGGGGACUGUGACAAUGGUGGAGAUGAGUGGGGGCAGGAGAUUCGUCUAACUGAGCAAGCCAUUCAGGCCAUCAACAAGCUGAACCCCAAGCCCAGAUUCUUCGUUCUGUGUGGGGACCUCAUCCAUGCCAUGCCAGGGAUGCCCUGGCGGAAGGAGCAGACGAAGGACCUGCAGCAGGUGCUCAGGAACGUGGACAGCGACAUCCCGCUGGUCCUGGUCAGCGGCAACCACGAUGUGGGCAACGUCCCCACACCCGAGACCAUCGCAGAGUUCCAGGAGAUGUGGGGAGACGACUAUUUCAGCUUCUGGGUCGGGGGCGUCCUGUUCCUCGUCCUCAACUCCCAGUUUCUGUACGACGCCUCCAGGUGCCCUGCCCUGAAGCAGGCCCAGGACCAGUGGCUGGACCAGCAGCUGAGCGCGGCGGGGCAGCAGAAGUGCCAGCACGCCAUCGUCUUCCAGCACAUCCCCCUCUUCCUCCAAAGCAUCGACGAGGACGAUGACUACUUCAACCUCACCAAGACCGUGCGGAAGGAGAUGGCAGACAAGUUCAUCAAAGCAGGUGUCAAAGCUGUGUUCACGGGCCACUACCACAGGAAUGCCGGGGGUACCUACCAGAACCUUGAUGUUGUGGUGUCAUCUGCCAUCGGGUGCCAGCUGGGCAACGACACCCACGGGGUCCGAGUCGUGGUGGUCACCGCUGAGAAGAUCGUUCAUCGGUACUACAGUUUGGACGAGCUGAGUGAGAAAGGAAUAGAAGGUGACCUGAUGGACUUAAUGAAGGAAAAAUGAUUGCCGUUAUGAUCCAGUCACUUCCACUUCCACUGUCUUUUAAUUUUGCCAGAAACAGCAGCUGCAUACAAUCACUUCUGAAUAAAGAAGUAUCCAGGCAGAUUUGUGGAUUUAUGUCCUUUGCAUAAAUCAGAGAGCUGGGUCCUAUUCUGAAUUACAUUUGAAGUAGAACUGCCUUCCCUUUAAGAAAGAGAAGGGGCUGGAUGAGGGUUGGAGCCUGGGAAUAAGAGAAUAAACGAUGCUGGGAUA